UCCCUUGUGUACAGAGGAGAGAUCGGGGGCGGGGCCUGGUCUGGACUCCUUACUGUCUGAGUGGAUCAUGGCGGGGGUCCUGGGAAUGACGAGAGGGUCGUGGAUCAAAGUAUUUCCACGGUUCUUCACGUGCACUGCCACGCGGCUUUUGAGUCAUGGAACAAAAGUGAUGUACCAAAGCGAUACUCCUCAGGCUGCCUUCUUUCCCCCUCUUCAGAAAGUGAUGUUGCCCCCAAGUGCCUUUGAAGGGAAAGUGGCCUUCAUCACAGGUGGAGGUACAGGCCUUGGCAAAGGAAUGACAGCUGCUCUUUCUCAUUUGGGAGCAGUGUGUGUGAUAGCAAGCCGAAAGCUUGAUGUAUUGAAACAAACUGCAGAAGAAAUUUCUUCUAAAACUGGAAACAAGGUUCAUGCUGUUCAGUGUGAUGUGAGAGAUCCAACUUCUGUUAGUAAUGCAGUUUCACAGCUAAUUAAAGAGGCUGGACAUCCCAGUAUUAUUAUCAACAAUGCAGCCGGAAACUUUAUUUCUCCUUCGGAACGCCUUUCUGCAAAUGCUUGGAAGACAAUCACUGAUAUUGUCCUUAACGGGACUGCUUAUGUAACCCUGGAAAUUGGAAAAGAACUGAUUAAAGCACAAAAAGGCAAGUACAAUUCACGCAAAAUUUAGCAUUUGUUGCAAGCUGGGGAACAAACACUAUCUGAGCCCGUUUGACUGCCUUGUAUGGGUCCUCAAAGCAAUUUUAAAUAGCAUAUUUCAUCAUUGUAAACACAAGCUAAAAGUGCUAUCUUCUCUGGAAAGUGCCUUUCCGGAGCCCUAGCAUUGAAAAUAGCUUUAGAGAGUAAUCAUGUUGGUCUUCAGCAGACGGGCUAGAUUGGAGUGCAGUAGCAUCUUAGAGACCAACAGGAUUUCCAGGGUAUGAGACUUUGAGAGUCGAAGGGAGCGUUGAUUCUUGAAAACUCCAACAAGAUUGUUGGUCUCUAUGGUGCUGAACUCAAAUCUAAAUGUUCUACCCAGAAAGAAAAAGAAACACUUCAAAGGAGCAGGGAAAGACUGUUCUUAGGUUGUGCAGUGGAUCACCCAUAAAGCAUCUAAGCACACCUGUUAUCAUUGCCUGGUCUCUAUGUCUCUGGAGCUCCCUAAGUAGAACACUGGCUGCAUAUCGUACAUUUGGGGAAUUUGGCAGCAAACCACUGAGAUUAAGUACCAGUUUGACCCUUGCGAGGUGAGACAUUUUUGCAAAGCCUCUGAAUUUUGGACUUCAGAGCCAGUUGUAUCAACUGACUUGGCAUGACAGAAGCCCUGUGUGUGGUUUUUACCACAUUAGAGAUAGUUGAUUAAACACUAAGUCACAGCUGAUAUCACUGUGAGAAAUGGAUUUCACUUAUUUAUUUUUAUAUAUUUCUACCCCACCAAUUUCCCAAGGCAACUUACAUGUAAACAUGUAGUAAAACAAUAAUAUAAAAGCAAUAUAAAAGUUAUAAGCAUUAAUAUGAAUUAUCAACAAGAUGGCAUAAAGCCUACAUAAAACAUUAAAAAAGCAGACAUGCAUGCUGCACCC